CAUGUCUGCGCCCUUCAGCAAGGUGGGAAACAAACGAAAUCUUUAUAACUAGCAUUAAGAAUCCGUUUUCGAGACAGUUUUCCUUCGUUAUCGCCGCACCGAUGUUUUCCGGUAACAUGAUGGAUGUAACGGAUUAUUCGUUAUUUGAUUUAAAGAUGAUAUUAGCGAGUUGUUUACUCUCUCAAAUGCUCUUAUUCUGGUGUAUAGGUUGAAAUCCAGCCCUUAAUAGCAACAGCAUCUUAUUUUAAAUAUUCCGAAUUAAAGUUUCCGGUUUGGUUUGUAGUUGUCGACUUCUGCAGGAAUACCACACACAUCUGAACCUUUAUUUUAUAAGUUAAAAUUUUAAAAAUAAAGCGCUGCUUGUCGUGAUACACACCCGCCGAAUUCAAUAAUGACUUUAUUAGAUGCUGAAUAUUUCUCAAUAUAGCAAUUAUAGUGGUACAUAUUUUUAGUUAAGCAUAAAAUCGUUUAUUUUUUUAAUGGAAUUUGUCCGAAUGUUCCGUCUGGACUAGAAACGUGCCAAGUCCUACCAGGGUCUGUUUGUUCUGCCACUCAGUGACUCUAUGGCUUCCAGAAGAGCCGCUAACCUUCUUCCGAGAGGAAGGGAGUGCGUCUCCAGUCUGUGGGUUCAAAAACCACCAAACAUCCUCAGACAAACGGUCUCGUUUCUCCACCACUGUCACAAUCACUGUGGCAGAACCACGAGAACUCUUCACACCGGCACGCCUUUGACGGCGGCUAAGUUACUGUCGGUGGACGAGCUGUUUGCCAAAAGGUCUCUGCAGGAACACCUGAAGAAGGUGGAGACGGAGUACAGUGAGUGUCUGAGAUCGGCCAGCAGCGGUGGUGGUGGUGUGACAGAGCAGCACUGUGAGGACGAGCUGAGGGCCAAGAGGACCAGAGUGUCUCUGCUGGCUCCUCUCAUCCAGAGCAUCAGGGAGCUGGACACCAAAGAGAGAGAGACGGCUGAGACGGAGACGCUGCUGAGAGAUGAAGACACGGCUCUGAGAGAACUGGCCGAGCUGGAACAUGAAGGAUGUCUGCAAGAUAUUCAAGAUCUCAGACAGAAGAUCCUGGAGCUGCUGCUGCCGGAGGAGGAGGCGGAUCUGAGCGACCUGGUCCUGGAGGUGACAGCCGGGGUCGGAGGUCAGGAGGCCAUGCUAUUCACUGAUGAGGUGUUCGACAUGUACCAGCGCUACGCUCAGCACCACGGCUGGUCCUUCGACGUCCUGGAGCACAUGACCAGCGAAAUAGGUCAGAGGUCACACACACUCCUGUUUAUAGCCGGGUUAAAGGUCGGUAUCGUAGUGGUGGAUGUCUGAAAACCUUUAGAACAACAGCGUUUAUUUUCAGGAAUGUCGCCACAGACACCCAGUUUAUAACACCACAGAUAUGUGAAUAUUGUAAUACUUUCAUCCAUGUCUGUUAGACUUAACAGACAUUUAUUGAGAUGAAAAACUUUGUUAUUGCUUCUAGCAUUUAGGGGGACUUAUUGGCAGAGAUGGACUAAAAUAUGAAUACAUAUGUUUUCAUUAGUGUAUAAUCACGUAGAACUGAGAAUCGUUGUGUCUUCGUUAUCUUAGAAUGAGCCCUUCAUGUUUCUACAGUAGCCCAGUAGGGACAAACCAAACACUGGCUCUAGAGAGAGACUUUCACGUUGUUACCAGCUUCUGAAAAAUCAAAGUCAAAGCUUCAUGUGUUAAAGCUGCAUUCUCUCUAG